AUGAAGCAGACAGCAAUUGAAGAGAAAUUCUCAGAUUUCUACGAGAAGUGGGUCUGUCAGCUGGAAGAAUAUCAUAGAUUUCUCCUUCAAGAUUACACCCAUCAAUCAGAUUACGAGAAUUUAGUCGCAAAAAUGACAACCCACCACAAGAAUUACUACAGAUUCAAAUGGUCAGCUGCCCAUGAAGAUGUCUGUGCCUUCUUCACUCCUGUCUGGCUCACCCCAUUAGAAAACGCUUAUCUCUGGGUCACCGGUUGGAAGCCGUCGGCGGUUUUCCGGUUUGUUGACUCACUCCGGCAAACCGGGACCGGGCUGGUGGACUUGACGGAGGAACAGGUGAAGAGGAUUGAAGGGUUGAGAUUGAAGAUCAAGAUGGAGGAAGAGAAGGUGGAGAGAGAGAUGGAGAGACAGCAGGUUGGGAUGGCUGAUCGGAGGAUGGUGGAGUUGUUGCGGUUAACGAGGGGUGGCGGUGGCGAUGCGGUGGCGGUGGUGGCGUUGAAAGGGUUGUUGAGUGGGUUGGAACGAGUGAUGAAAAUGGGGGAUUGUGUGAGGUUGAAGACGUUGAAAGGAUUGUUGGAUUUGAUGAAUCCAAAGCAGUGUGUAGAGUUGUUGGCUGCACAAUCUAUGUUUCAUGUUCAGUUGAGGAAAUGGGGCAAAAAAUUGUGA